AUGUUAGCCUUACCCGCCAUGUUUUUUUCUCCUUUUAUUUUUAUUUUUUUUCUUUCUUUUAUGUUUGUCCCUUUGUUUUCUUCGUCGCUAUUCUUUUCAUUUCCAAUUUAUACUCUUUCCUUCUAUUUUUCCUUCUUUUUUUCUUUGUCUUUAAUUUAUACGUUUCUUUCUUCCUUCAUUCCUCUAUUCAUUCCAUCAUUUUUUUCUUUAUUCAUUUUUUCUUCUUUUAUUAUUUCCUUCUUUCAUUUAUUCAAUCAUUUACUUUUUUAUUCACACAUUGUUUUUUUUUAUUUCUAUUUUCCUUGCUUCCUUCUUUCCAUAUCCCUCCUCUUUCUUUACUUCAUUCUGUCUCUAUCUCCCUUCUUUCUUUCUGUCUUUCUUUCUUUAUUUUCCUGUCUCCCUUCUUUCUUUCCUCCUUUCUUUCCUUCUUUCUUUACUUCCAUCUUUCUUUCCUUCUUUAUUUACUUCCUUCUUUCUGUCCUUCUUUCUUUCUUUCUUCUUUCUUCUUUCUUCCUUUCUUUCUUUCUUUAUUUCUUUCUCUGUCUCCCUUUUUUCUUUUCUUCUUUCUUCCCUUUUUUCUUUCUUUCUUUCUUUCUUUUCUUUCUUUCUUUCUUUUCUUUCUUCUUUCCCUAUCUCCAUUCUUUCUUUUCUUCUUUCUUCCCUUCUUUCUUUGCUUCUUUCUUUCUUUUUCCCCUGUCUCCCCUCUUUGUAUGUUUCUUUCUUUUCUUGUCUCCCUUCUUUCUUUCCUCCUUUCUUUCCCUAUCUCCCUUCUUUCUUUCUUUCUUUCUUUCUUUCUUUCUUUCUUUCUUUCUUUCUUUCCCUGUCUCCCUUCUUUCUUUCCUUCAUUCUUUUCUUCUUUCUUUCCUUCCUUCUUCCUCUAUCUUUCCUUCUUUCUUUCAUUUCCUUCUUUCCCUAUAUCCCUUCUUUCUUUCCUCCUUUCCUUCCCUUUUCCCUUCUUUUUUUCUUUCUUUCUUUCUUUCUUUUUCUUUCAUUCUUUUAUUUCAUUAA